GCUUGUCACCGCAGGAUAAUCACCUCUUUGCGGACUCUACUCCAGUCAAAAAGAACUUUUUGCCCUUCCCCGUCGUCACAAUGGCCCCUGCAACUGCCCGUAAGCCGCAAAAGGUCACGAAGAAAUUCGUGAUCAAUUGCUCUCAACCCGCCAACGACAAGAUCUUCGACGUUGCCGCCUUCGAGAAGUUCCUCCACGACAGAAUCAAGGUCGAGGGCCGUGUUGGCAACUUGGGUGACGCCGUCCAGAUCUCCCGCUCCGGCGAUGGAAAAGUCGAAGUUGUCACCCACAUCCCUUUCUCCGGCCGCUAUCUCAAGUACUUGACCAAGAAGUUUUUGAAGAAGCAGCAGCUCCGUGACUGGCUCCGUGUCGUCUCUGCCGCUAAGGGUGUCUAUGAGCUCCGCUUCUAUAACAUUGUGAACGACGAGGCUGAAGAGGAGGAGGACUAAGCUUCUGUAACGUCUAGUACCCUGUGACGUGCCAAUGGGUUUCGAGCCAAUAAAGAGAUGAACGAACUUGGUCGUCAAAUUCGAACGAUUAGGGUGGGAAUGGCGUCGCGAAACGCCGGGUUAUUCUUACCAUUUUAAUGACAGCGACGCGAGAAUAUCUAACUCGCUUGUAUGGCUUCAUUACGAACAUGACCCAACGUUUUGUAUCUCUAACGGCCCAAUAAAAUUGGUUUCUAGUCUCAU